AUGUCGCCGGGGGAUGGGGCGGCCGCGGAUCUAGCGGCGCUGUCGGAGCUGGACGAGGCGGCCGUGCUGGGCGGGCUGCGGGAGCGGUUCCUGCGGCAGCAGAUCUACACCGAUGUCGGCGACAUCCUCAUCGCCAUGAACCCCUUCCAGCCCCUGCCGCUCUACGGGAGAGAGGUCUCCGAGCAGUACCGGCGCCAGCAGAAGGGCACGCUGCCACCCCACAUCUUCGCCGUGGCCAGCCGGGCCUACCACGCCAUGCUGGGCUACCAGGGCGGCGAGCCUAAGAGCCAGUGUAUUGUCAUCAGUGGAGAGAGUGGUGCAGGGAAAACAGAGAGUACGAAGCUAUUGUUGCAGCACAUAAUGAACCUCUGCAAAGGCAACUUGCAGCUGGAGCAGCAGAUCCUUCAGGUAAAUCCAUUGCUUGAAGCUUUUGGCAACGCCCAGACUGUGAUGAAUGACAACAGCAGCCGCUUUGGAAAAUACAUACAGCUGCGUUUCCAUAAGAAUACAGUGCGAGGUGCGAAGCUGAGUGAAGGAAAAGGAGAUGUAUGGGCUAUUGGAUCCUUCAUUCUACAGGAGCAAGUGGACAUGCAGACUAUCUUGGCUGGUAUGUUGUCUCUGGGCAAUGUGACCUUUGAGCCUGAGGAGAGCAAUGGGUCUGUAAAAGUGAGCGGAGCGUCCCAGGGAUGGCUGAAGGCUACAGCGGGUCAGUUUGGAGUCCAAGAAGAUGAACUGCUAAAAUGCCUUAUUUGCACAAUGUCGGUGACCCGAGGUGAGCAGAUCCAGCGUUUUCACACCCAGCAGCAAGCAGAAGAUGCUCGGGACUCCAUUGCAAAGGUGGCAUAUGGCCGAGUAUUUGGCUGGAUUGUUUGCAAGAUCAAUGAGCUGCUGGCUGAGAAUGUGGAUCCUGAGGUGGAACUGAGGGAGAUAGGUAUCCUGGAUAUUUUUGGGUUUGAAAACUUUGCAGUGAAUCGUUUUGAACAGCUUUGCAUAAACUUGGCCAAUGAGCAGCUGCAGCACUUCUUCAACCAUCACAUUUUCCAGCUGGAACAGGCUGCCUAUAAGGAAGAAGAGCUGCCUUGGGAGACUAUCACAUUCAACAACAAUGAACCUGUUUUGAACCUACUCCUGGCCAAGCCACUUGGGCUUCUGUCUCUUCUGGAUGAGCAGAGUGCGUUUCCUCAGGCAACUGAUAAAACAUUUGUGGAUAAAUUAAACAGCAGCUUCAAGGGGAAUUUACACUUUGAGCCAGGCCGAGGCCGUGUUUUGAGCUUCAGCAUCCUUCACUAUGCUGGAAAAGUGCAAUAUACAGCUGGGGGCUUUCUGGAGAAGAACAGAGACACCUUGCCAGCCAAUAUCCGUGGGCUCUUCAUUAAUAGCAUCACCCCCUUGCUCAGUAUGCUGUUCACAGCCACUGUCUCCAGGACAGGGACACUGAUGCCUUACGUGAAAGCCAAGGUCAUACCAGGAGCAGCUGGCAAGUUCAACAGCACACGGAAACAGUCUGCUGGAGCUCAGUUCCGGCAUUCCCUGAUGGUGCUCAUGGAGAGGCUGUAUUCUGCCAACCCACACUUCGUGCGCUGUAUAAAGCCCAACAGCCAGAAGGAGCCAGGUGUGGUGGACAGCCAGGUGGUACUGCUGCAGCUCCGUUACAAUGGACUGCUGGAGACAAUCCGUAUCCGAAGAGAUGGUUUCUCCUGGAGACCCUCAUUUGAGGAAUUUGCUGAAAGAUAUGAAAUUCUUCUUCUUAAACCAGAUGUUUCUCUCACAAAAGAAAGCUGCUUGGAGAUACUGGAAUGCACAGAGCUGACAGGCUGGAUAUGUGGGAAGUCACGACUUUUCUUUAAAUAUUGGCACCAGGAACAGUUGGCAAAGUAUGUGGAGCGACUAGAAAAAGCAACAGUUGUCAUACAGAAAGUUUUCAGGGCAUUCAGAUGCAGAAAGAUUUACCUAAAACGGGUGGCUGAGCUGAGAGCUCAGGAGAAGGCAGAGAGAGAAAGAAGAAAGCAGCUGGCAGUGGAAGCAGAGGCCCAAAAAAAGAGCUCCCGCCCAGUCCCUAUGCCCCGGAAGUGGUGCCCUCAGCCUUGUUGCCGUCCUCCUGAUAAACCACCAGUCCCACGGCCACGCAGCAAGCUAGCAGAGUUCACUCCUUUUGAUAACUUGGACCCUUCUGCACCUCGCCCUGUUCUGGGAACAAAAGAACCAACUGGAGAAGAGACAAAAAUAAGUAAUCACAAGAGAGGAGCAACUCUCCGCUGGUUCAAAGAGACACAGGCUGAGAAGGUCAUGCAGAAUGAUGGGGCCUUUCCAAGCUGGCUGCAUGGGAUGAUCAGUCGGAGGGAAGCUGAAAACUUGCUGAUUGACAAGCCUUUGGGUUGUUUCCUAGUUCGGAUCAGCCAGAGUCGACCAGGCUACACCUUGACAUACAGGGGCAAAGGCCGCUGCAGACACUACCUGAUCCAGGUGCAGUCCAACGCACGCUAUGUCAUCCUGGGGGAAGACCGGGCUCACGCCUCGCUCACCGAGCUGGUUCGGUAUCACCAGACUGUGGGCAUCCAGCCCUUCAUGGAGACACUGACUGUGCCCUGUGGGCAGAAAAGUGGUGAGAGUUUGGAUCCAGAAAAUCUGGAGUGCCUUAAGCAGGGUCUGUCAGCUGCCAGUGGGGGGACCCCUCCAGAGGACCAGCCGUGCCCCUCCAGGCCUUCCACCAACAAACCUGCUCCACAGCAGGUUCUCAUGCACUUGCAGUACAGGCAGAACAACAAUUUCCAAAGCCAGCAGAGCAGUAUGAAAAAGCCAAGCUCAGACAAGGAAGGAAGCCACCGGCAAGCUUUCCCUCACCUCCAUUCUUCCAUACGUCUGGCGAUGCAGGAAAUCCAGCAGCAGUUCUCUUCCAUUUUCUUGAACAACUCUCUGCAGAGCUGCUGUCAGUCUCUCAGCAUUAAGGACAUAAAGCCCAACUGACACGGUUGGAGUGGCUCAGCCUUCUCCUGUUCCAGUGCUGCUGGGCCUUACCUAACUCGGUGAACAUACUGGACAUACAGCAGCCUUUUUUCUUUUCUUUUUGUGUUUGCUGCACCCAGCUGGCCCUGUGCCUUUAGACAUGACUGCUGCAAAAAUGAACUUUCAUCAGCACUCAGCUGGUCUCAGUGGCUGAGACGGCAAUAUCUGGACCAGUCUGGUCCUCACAGAGGGGAGAGGAUGGGAACAGCCACACUGCACAGUCCCACAGUGCCUGACAGUCCAUGUGUCAAUACUUCAACGUGCCUAGAGACCCCUCACCUCGCACUGUUAAUAGUCACAAACUGGAUGUCUUGAAACAACAUGUUUUCUCAGAGAUACCUGUACUGAUUUCCUACCUCUUUCUCUUCAAGUCCUGUCUCUCUUUUCAUCCUGUGUGUCUGCUGCUCUGAGUGCCAAGGGUAGCUGGGCUUGGGAAGUAAGGAGUUAAACUGAUGUGUCCAGUUUUUUCAUUGCAGGAGCACUUGAACAGGAGAUGAGACAAGGGGCAAGAAGUUCUUCCCGCAGAGGGAAUUUCCUGCCCUUGCAUCAGUGUUCUGGCACACUGCUGCCCAGUCCUUAGCCAGAGCUCAAGUCAGGGAACCAUUGGUGAAACCCUCCCGUUCAUCCUGGUUAGAAUCACUACAAGGUGGGCUGGACAACACGCUAGUUUACAGUGAGGAUAGGGAGCUUGGAACACACAGAA